UCGCUGCGUGUGUGUCAUAUCAAAUGCUGGGCAAUUUAAGAAAACUAAAAUAUGCUUAAUAUUGAAUAUCAGGAAGACUAUAGCAAAAUGGAAACUAAAACUAGCAGAAGACAACAAUUAAUGUAUUCAACUGAAACUAUCACAUUUGCCAUCUGACGCAAGUAUUUGGCAAGACUGAAGACAGCGUACGUGGUGCAGUGGUGGAUCUCGACGCUGUUCCGCUAUAACAGUAGAAAGUGUCUUGGAUGUCUCACCGUUGACUGCAGCUACGGGUCGGUAGUGGUUGGUGAAUGUAUGGUUUCCACGGAUGUAGCCCGAGUUGUAGCCGUCAAACAGAUAACAUUGGUUGUCGAAAGGGCUUUUUCGCUGUAUGUUUAAGAGCUAAUUUCUGAAGUAGCACAACCAUGGGCGUGGAAGUCGAGAUAAUAUCCCCCGGUGAUGGAAGAACAUUUCCAAAGAAGGGCCAGACGUGUGUUGUUCAUUACAUAGGUAUGCUGCAGAAUGGGAAAAAGUUUGACUCCUCUCGAGACAGGAACAAGCCGUUUAAGUUCAAGAUCGGACGGUCAGAGGUGAUUAAGGGCUGGGAGGAAGGAGUAGCACAGAUGAGCCUGGGCCAGAGAGCUAAAAUCACCUGCACACCAGAUAUGGCUUAUGGAGUGACAGGCCACCCCGGAGUCAUCCCCCCAAAUGCCACACUUAUAUUCGAUGUGGAACUGCUAAAGUUGGAGUGAUGCCUCUGUUUCAAAUAAGAAGGCUGAAGGUUAACGAGGCUGCGAUUGCCACAACCCGUUUCCACAAGGAGACCAUACCUGGCUGCUGCCUGCUACCAUCCACCAGCUCUUCUUUGAUUUCUUCUUCAGUUAAAUAUUUAAGCGUAUCUACUGCUGCUUCAUUGCCAUCACAUUAUUAUAGAAACUGCAAGAAAAUGUUUACAUCCUGCAAGACUUUUACACAUGCUGCAUUUUUUGUUUGUUAGAGAUGCUUUGUUGUUGAAUUUCAUUUAAAGUUGUACAUUUUAUUGAAUCAUGAGGAAAUCAGUCUGAUGAAAAGCCGUACAGCAUUACAGUCAAACAUACUGCCUUACAGUUUAAACAACAGAGAAAGGGUACAUAUGUUGAAAGUACAGUACUUCUGCUCUGUAUAUUAACUGGGCAUUAUAGACCACUGU